UUCAUCUGUUGGUAAUACUUGUAUGGGGGAGGGAAUCCAACCAACCAACGAUCGACCGACGCACUUUGUCAGACUAAAACUAACGGACCGAUGGGGCAUGCGACAACACAGUGCAUUCAUAGGCAGAUGACAAGAGCGGGACGUGGGCACAUAGUCGCGUCUAUGACUUCAUCCCACGGUCAGCGUCCCCCUUUUGCUGCUGCUGCUGCUGGCCCUCCAUCUCAUCGCGUGGCCGCUCCGUCCCACGACGCUCCUAAACCGACGAACCAACGAACCCACGACAGGCAGGCAGGCAUGAAAUGAAGGACUGAUGCGUACUGGCUGAGCAAACAUCCAGCUGACCUGUUCCUUGAGCGUGGCGUUCUCGUUGCGGAGUCGCUCAUUCUCAGCCUCCAGACGAUGCCGCUCGGCCGCCUCCUUGGCACACUGCAGAUCCACACAGACAGACCCAGAUGUAGAAGGGGACGGGAGAAUGGCGGAAAGAGGUCGGUGAUAUGCACUACCGUCUUGCUGCAACUGAUGAGUUGGUCGUAGAGCUCGCCGAAGGCCGUGUCGUCUCGUGCGUCGACUGCCUUCUUCAGGGCGUUCUUGAAUGCCGUCUGGAUGGCUGACGAGAGGAGGGGCACCACGGGAAGGACGGCCGGCACAUCUUUGACGUCGAAGUCAGACUCCAGCGCGGAUGAGACUUGGCCAGCACGAGACUGAGAGAGGCCCUCGAUCGCCGCCGCCCAGUACAGCAUCAGUGAGAGACGAUGGCGCUGCACCAAAGUCAUGUUGGUGAUGAGGAACUUGGCAACGUCACGAUGAAUCGACCUGCACACACAGACAAUCACAGACAGAGAGAGAGAGAGUCAACACGCAUUGUUUGUGUGCAUGUGGUCAUCUCCCCACUCACUUGGCCAUCCUGGAGAUCUCCUCAUAGCACCCGUCAAUGACGCACAU